AUGUGGAACUGUAACAAGUUGAAGGCCAAUGCCUCCAUGUUCCUGCUGUUGUUUCUGUUUUCAUGGCUGUCUUCUGCUACAGCCUCUGUGAGUUAUGACCAUAGAGCUAUAAUAAUUGAUGGACAGAAGAGAAUUCUGCUAUCUGGUUCCAUCCACUAUCCCAGAAGCACACCUGAGAUGUGGCCGGAUUUAAUCCAGAAGGCUAAAGAUGGAGGUUUAGAUGUUAUACAAACCUAUGUGUUUUGGAACGGGCACGAGCCUUCUCCAGGGAAGUAUUAUUUUGAGGAUAGAUAUGAUUUGGUUAAGUUCAUCAAGCUGGUCAAACAAGCAGGGCUAUAUGUACAUCUCCGGAUUGGUCCUUAUGUUUGUGCUGAAUGGAACUUUGGGGGGUUCCCUGCUUGGCUCAAAUAUGUUCCUGGAAUUGAGUUUAGAACAGAUAAUGAGCCUUUCAAGGCAGCAAUGAAAACAUUUACAGAAAAAAUUGUUGGUAUGAUGAAGGCAGAAGGGCUAUUUCAACCUCAGGGAGGUCCCAUCAUUAUGUCUCAGAUAGAAAAUGAGUAUGGACCUGUGGAGUGGGAAAUCAAAGCCCCUGGUAAAGCAUAUACCAAUUGGACGGCGCAAAUGGCUCUUGGUCUUGACACUGGGGUCCCAUGGAUAAUGUGCAAGCAAGAGGAUGCUCCCGACCCAAUUAUUGAUACUUGCAAUGGUUUUUACUGUGAGAACUUCACUCCAAACAAGAAGUAUAAACCUAAAAUGUGGACAGAAGUCUGGACUGGCUGGUAUACAGAAUUUGGAGGGGCAGUUCCUACUAGACCUGCACAAGACUUAGCAUUUUCAGUAGCAAGGUUUAUUCAAAAUGGUGGUUCUUUUGCUAACUAUUAUAUGUAUCAUGGAGGAACAAAUUUUGACCGAACUUCUGGCCUUUUCGUUGCAACUAGCUAUGACUAUGAUGCACCUCUAGAUGAAUAUGGACUACCAAGGGAACCAAAGUGGAGUCAUUUGAAAUAUUUGCACAAAGCUAUCAAAUUAGCUGAGGCAGCUUUAGUGGCUACUGAUCCUGCAGUGUCAUCACUUGGAAAGAGUCAAGAGGCUCAUGUAUUCAAUUCAACUUCUGGGUGUGCUGCAUUUCUUGCAAACUACGACACAAAAUACUCGUCAAGAGUGAGCUUUGGGAAUAGGCAAUAUAAGCUGCCACCCUGGUCUAUAAGCAUUCUUCCUGACUGCAUAACCGACGUUCUCAACACGGGAAGGGUUGGCCAGAGCCCGCCAGUGGAUAUGACACCAGUAAAUACCACCCUUUCUUGGCAGUCGUACAUCGAAGAUGCUGCCUCUUCUGCUGAUGACAGUACAUUUACAUUGGAUGGGCUCUAUGAGCAAAUAAAUAUCACUAGAGAUGCAACAGACUACUUAUGGUACAUGACAGAUAUCACAAUAGGUCCUAAUGAAGAAUUUCUAAAGAAUGGUUCUUAUCCUCUUCUUACUAUUGAUUCAGCUGGACAUGCCUUGCAUGUUUUCAUCAAUGGUCAACUAUCAGGAACUGUUUAUGCGGGAUUGGCCUUUCCAAAAUUAAGAUUUAAUGACACUGUGAAGCUCCGAGCUGGCAUCAACAAGCUUGCUUUACUAAGCAUUGCUGUUGGUCUGCCGAAUGUUGGUUUGCACUUUGAGACUUGGAACGCUGGAGUUCUAGGGCCAGUCACAUUGAAGGGUCUGAAUUCAGGAACAUGGAACAUGUCACGGUGGAAAUGGACCUACAAGAUUGGAAUGAGAGGUGAAGCUUUAAGCCUCCACACUGUUAAGGGGAGUUCUUCUGUUGAAUGGGUAGAAGGACCAUUAUUGGCUCAAAAACAACCCCUUACAUGGUACAAGUCUAUAUUUCGUGCACCACCGGGCAAUGCUCCAUUAGCUUUAGAUAUGAUUAGCAUGGGAAAAGGUCAAGUAUGGAUCAAUGGUAGAAGCAUCGGGCGCCACUGGCCUGGAUACAUAGCACAUGGUAGCUGUGGAAAUUGCUCUUAUGCUGGAACUUACACUGAAAACAAAUGCCGAACGAAUUGUGGCCAGCCGUCUCAGAGAUGGUACCAUGUUCCGCGGUCGUGGUUGAACCAGAGUGAAAAUUUGUUGGUGGUGUUUGAAGAAUGGGGUGGUGAUCCGACUAAGAUUUCCUUGGUAGCAAGAAGCUAUGAAAGUUUAGAGCAGACCCUCUAUAACAUAGCGAGCUCCAAUCAUUUGAGAUUGCAACUGUAGAAGUCAAAAAUGUCUGGUUCGGUUAUGUACAUAGUACAUACUACAGAGUACAGACUACAAUAAUGAUGUAAUAUUA